CUAUAAGUUGAUGGCAGCAUUGAUAGGGGAUCUAAGUGGACUAACCCUAUCUGAUGGUCAUCAUCAAACCAGACCUGAUGAGUCCAUUGAAUACAGUUUCAAUUCCUUGCUAAUCAAUGAUGAUUUGGUAUCCCAACAAUAUUCAGACAAAGUCAAACUAGAAAAUAGCAUGUUGGUAAAAAACGUAAAAGAAAUGAAAGACUACAUAUUGACACUUCAUAAAAUGAUAGCUUUGCUCAGAAAACAAAAUACGGUAUUGGCAAAGUCUGACAAACUAUCUUCACAAGUGGAAUCUCUUUCUUUAAAAAGUAGUGUUGCAGAUCUUUGUAAUGAAGAGCAGAUGCUCACUAAUAUCAUUCAACAGAAACAAAGAGUCUUACAAGAACAGAUACUCAGCAACAAAGAGUUUGAGGCUAAAGCAAAUAACGAGAUGGAAGGCCUCAAAAACCAGCAACAGCAACUCAAUUCUCAGAUGGAAUGCCUUUCUCAAGAAAAUUGUUCUCUUUCAGAUGCCAAUGAGAGAUUAAAAUCGAUAGUUCAAGUUAGAGGUGAUGAAAUUCAAAAUAUGCAGAACAAACUAAAUGUGUGCUCAUCAAUUAUCGAAGAGCAAAGUAAACCAAGGAUAACUGUAAUGACCCCUGACGAAUCUAUGCCAUGGAUUGUUACUCCAGACGAGAUUGGAAUUUCAUCUCAACUUCUGGGAACUGGUGCCUGGGGGACUGUUACUCUUGGGACUUUUAGAGGACUUACAGUUGCUGUUAAACAACUACAUCGCCUUAUCCUCUCCCCUCACAACCAAGAAAAGUUUCUUCGAGAGAUGGAGAUAUCUUCGAGAAUCAGACAUCCUCAUAUUCUUCAGUUUAUAUGCUGCUCACAGCAAGCCCAAACAUUAUUGGUUAUUACCGAGGUCAUGGAACUUAGUGCAAGGGAAGCUUAUUUAAGCAACAGAUUAUCCAAAUCUCAAAGUGUUAAAGUUUUGAUUCAAUGCGGAUUAGCACUCCAGUAUUUACACGGUUUCAAACCAGUUCCCAUCAUUCAUCGGGAUAUCAGUAGCUGUAAUGUCUUACUCUCUGCUAAAUCAUCAACUACUUGGGUUGCUAAACUGUCUGAUUUUGGUGCUGCUAACUUUAUACGGGACGAGGUAUCAUCUGCUCCUGGUGCUGCUAUUUAUGCAGCCCCUGAAGCCUACUCAAACAUUCAAAACACUAAACUGGAUGUCUUCAGUUUUGGAGUUUUAAUGAUUGAGUUAUUGACUCACCGACUACCAGAUCCUACCCAAAGGGAGCAGCAACUUCAAGCUGUUCCCCACGUAGAAGUUAAGGAGAUCAUAGGAUCGAUGUUAUCACGUCACCCUGACCACCGACCUGAUAUGGCUUCUGUCGUUGGAACCAUUAGAGUUGCUUCAAAUCAACCUUCGGGUGUUGCUAGCGAUUGUUUUUGGAUCAUGGCCCCAAUCAUGACUCGAACUAAAAUGGACAGCAAACAAGGUCCCCAGGCUGUGACUGGUCAUCUAGAUAAAUACGCGAUGGGAUUGGACAGAAAAACUCCCACCGGUGCCGAGGUCCAUGCUGAACUGUUUGAAGUGUUGUGUAACUUUAAGGAUUACAAAAUCGACAGGGACUCGCUGAACCUUGAUCUUAAAUUUGUGGAAGAUAUUGGACUUGACAGCUUAGAUUUGGUUGAAUUUGUCAUGGUACUGGAAGAUCACUUUGAAAUUGAGGUUUUGGUCAUGAAGUUGAACAUAGACGGUCUUCUUGUCCACUUUCCCUACGAGUAUGUGUACCCGGAGCAGUACAUGUACAUGAGGGAACUGAAACAAACCCUAGAUGCCAAGGGGCACGGAGCACUGGAAAUGCCCUCCGGAACUGGCAAAACAACCACCAUUCUCUCUCUAGUUGUAGCUUAUCUGCGGGAGUAUCCAGGAAAACUCCAGAAGCUAGUUUACUGCACGAGAACGGUCCCGGAGAUGGAGAAGGUUCUGGAAGAAAUGAGGCGACUGGACGAGUACUACACAGCAAAUAACCAGGAGUUGGGGUUCGUAACGGUUGGGUUAACCUCCAGAAAACACAUGUGUAUCAACCCCGAGGUACUGAGGUUAAAAGAAGGUAAAGCAGUGGACGCAAAGUGUCGUUCCCUCACCAUGGGAUGGAUCAGAGAGAAAUAUAAAACGGAUCCACUCUCCGAGAAGUGCUCCUGGUUUGAGGACUUCGAGGAUAAAGGUAAACACUCACAGCUAGAUCCAGGGGUGUACAGUAAUGAUGACCUGCGGAACUACGGCAAGUUAAAAGGGUGGUGUCCGUAUUUUCUGGCUAGGACUGCUAUCUAUACCGCCAACAUUGUGGUCUUCAGUUAUCAUUACAUGUUGGACCCAAAAAUAGCAGAGCUGGUCAGUAAGAAUCUGACUAGUCAGGCUUGUAUUAUAUUUGACGAGGCUCACAAUAUUGAUAACGUUUGUAUUGAUUCUAUGAGUUUAGUGAUCAAUAGAAAGACAUUGGAUCGAGCAAAGGAGAAUAUCAAUAAAAUAGAUAAACGGGUAAAAGAGCUAAAGGAGCAAGAUGCACAGAAACUGAAGGAAGAGUACUCUAGAUUAGUGGAGGGACUCCGCCAGGCUGCAACAGAGAGUGAGAAUAAUACUUAUCUCAGCAACCCAGUCCUUCCUGCUGACAUUCUCAACGAAUCCAUCCCUGGAAACAUCAGAAAUUGUCAACAUUUCCUCGCGUUUAUGAGACGGUUUGUGGAGUAUUUGAAAAGUGUUUUAAAGGUUCAACAUGUAGUGUCUGAUACGCCCGCUUCUUUUCUCAACACUAUCUACAACACAGUUUGUAUUGACAGAAAACCUCUUAGAUUUGUAACUCAGAGACUUAACUCGCUAAUGCGAACGCUUGAGAUACAAGACAUGGAGAAUUAUAGAUCUCUUUCGGUUAUUUCAUCUUUUGCGACCCUUGUUUCUACUUAUUCCAAAGGUUUUAGCAUCAUAAUUGAGCCCUACGAUAUCAGAACUCCAACUAUAUACAAUCCUGUUCUCCAUUUUACUUGUAUGGAUGCCUCAAUCGCUAUCAAACCAGUCUUCUCUCGUUUCCAGACCACCAUAAUAACAAGCGGUACUCUGUCUCCAAUUGACAUCUACCCUCGAAUCCUAGACUUCAGACCUGUUACCACCGCCUCCUACACCAUGACCCUAGCUAGAGAGUGUAUCCUCCCCAUGAUAGUAGCUAGAGGCAGCGACCAAGUCUCUAUAUCCUCUAAAUACGAGACACGUGAUGAUAUCGCAGUCAUCAGGAACUACGGGAACUUGUUAGCUGAUAUGGCUGCCGUGGUACCUGACGGGAUGGUAUGUUUCUUUACCAGCUACGACUACAUGGAGAACGUCGUGUCCACCUGGGUCAACCAGGGUAUCAUGGCAAAUGUCCAGAAACACAAGCUCGUCUUCUUUGAAACCCAGAACAACGCGGAGACGCAAAUAGCGCUAGAGAAUUAUUACCGAGCUUGUGAUAACGGACGUGGAGCUGUGUUAUUAGCUGUGGCCCGGGGUAAGGUAUCAGAGGGUAUUGAUUUCCACCAGCACUACGGCCGGUGUGUUAUCAUGUUUGGUAUACCCUACGUGUACACCCAGAGCAGGAUACUUAGAGCUCGGCUGGAUUAUCUCCGGGAGCAAUACCGGAUCAGGGAAAAUGAUUUCCUGACUUUUGAUGCUCUGCGUCAUGCGUCACAGUGUGUUGGCAGGGUUCUCAGAGGCAAGACUGAUUAUGGGAUCAUGAUAUUUGCUGACCAGCGUUACUCUCGAGCUGAUAAGAAGAGUAAAAUACCAAAAUGGAUCCAGGAGCACCUCGGAGAGGGAGUAUCCUCCCUUGCAGUGGACGAGGCAGUUCAGCUUGCUAAGAACUUCCUGAGGAAGAUGGCACAGCCUUUUCCUCAAGAAGCCCAGAUCGGUCUAUCAAUGUUGACACGUGAACAAGUUAAGACGAUGGAGGAUAAAUAUCAGGGGAAUGAAGCUGAUGAUUCCGGUGCCAUUUCUGAUCCAGAGUAAGCUUGAGAUUUCGGUUGAGCUUUUUAUAUAUUUUCAUUUCGUUUUUGGUUUAAUUUAGGGGAAGUUGAACUUGGGAUUUUAAUCAUUCUUUUUGGAAUCACGACUUGAAUCUGGUUGUUUGUUACUACAAUGACCCUAAUUUAUUAUUUUUAUUAUUUAUUAUUGUUUAAUAUAUUGAUUGUGAGAUAUGUUUUUAUUGUUAUUGUUCUCCAGUUGCAUUACUAUUAGAUGUAAGUCU